AUGAGGAUGAACAUGGAGUUUGAGCGAGUUCUGAAGUACUUUGAUGAAGAUGGGGAUGGGAAGAUUUCCCCAUGGGAGCUCAAGACGCGGCUAGGGAUGAUGGGUGACGACGAGGUAAUGUUGAAAGAAGUGGAGUCAUUGAUUGAGGAAUUGGAUUCCGAUGGAGAUGGGUUACUGAAUUUGGAGGAUUUGGUGAAGAUGAUUGAAGGAAGAGGAGAAGAAGAGAAGUUGAAGGAUCUGGGAGAGGCUUUUGAGAUGUAUAAUGACACUGAAAUGUUAGGGUUUAUAACUCCCAAAAGCCUGCAGAGAAUGCUUCUUAGGUUAGGGGAAUCCAAAUCCAUGGACCAAUGCACUGCCAUGAUUUCCCACUUUGAUUUGAAUGGUGAUGGCCUCCUCAGCUUUCAUGAAUUCACAAUCAUGAUGCACUGA